UUUUUGGCUCAUAAGGGAAUAAUAAUAAUCAGUUGCUCCCAGACCAAGAAUCAGUAUUAUUCAGACCACCGGUCUCCUCAGUGUUAAUUGUAUUUAACUUGCAUAAAACAUUUCAUACUUCCAAGUAAAAUAUUUACACAGCCAGCCAGCAUACAUAUCAGACUAUGAGAGAUGCAUUCGUUGUUGCACAAAGACAGGGUUGAGCUGAAGGAGAAGUUCUGUAAGGCAUUCCGGAUUUCUUCCGUCUUGUUCACUGGAUUAGUUUAGUGCAACUAAUUCAAUUUGGAGAACAAAGUGGUGGUGAAAGUAGGAUGAAAGGGAGUAGAUUAGGAAGUGCUAUACAAAUAAGUAGAGGAAACCCUAACACCAAUUUGUCUGAUAUUGAUAAAGAUGUCUCCUCAUCAUCUCAGCCACAAAACAAUAUCGUUAUUAUUAGUGGUUCCUUUGACAGCAGUGCCACAAGCCGGACUGCUCUUCUAGCUCCGACAAAAACAUCCUUUUCAGAAAUAAUAAAUCCGAAACGUUCUUCUACCUUGGAAUCCAGCAAUAUCUCCAAUAUUUUGUCAAAACCUCAAUUUUCACACUACUCGCAACCAAGACCCAAGCAUCCGCUCACUUUAAUCAGUUUUCCGUUCACCGGAGGCAAUAAUGAUGGUGAUAAUGAGGUUGUAGUAACGCCAACUAUUCCUCCCAAUGCCAGCUACGGUGGCAAUAAACUUUUUGGAAGCUUUUCAACUGGGAAGGAAUUACUUUGGGAUGAGAAAUUUGCAACAACAAGGAUGGAAAGGAACAACCCUAAAAUAGUACUCACAAAAACGACAUAUCCGUCGUCUGACUCUGCUGGCGGAGACCGAGAUGGAUGGAUUACUUCAGAAGAACAUUUUCACGACCGACAAGCUCCUCUGUACAAAGUACCCAAACCAAGUCACAUUGCUAAAAAGUUGCGGAAACCAUAUUCUUCGAGCAGCCUGAUUCUUCCAAGCUCAGCAAAUUCAUCACAUAGCAGUCAUGCUGCAAUAGGGGAAGGGAAUUCGCCAGCUGCCACUACUCCGUUCUCUUCCUCCUCAUCUAAUAAUAUUGACAAUAAGAAAUAUAAACCAAAACGAAAUAAAACUGCGAAAGCCGAAACCGGAUUUCGAAAGCGGCUCAACACCAACUCCACAAUAUCGAAUACACCAAUCACAACGAAACGAGGAUUGGUUUUCCUCUCCACUGCGAAAGGAAAGGUUGCGAAUACGAAUUCACAAAGAAACGAGACAGAAAAUGAAGAUAUUUUUCUGGCCGAGAAGGGACACGGACAACAACAACAACAAUCAGGCCUCAAUGGCCCUCCUCCGACGUCUUCUUCUUCAGGAAUACGGCUCAUGUCUGGAACUGGACAGUCAAAUUGGAAAGUGCUGAGUGACCCCGUUAACUUGACAAAGUCCAUGGCUUCCUUAUCCACCAAAUUGAAUGAGAGGGUUCAGGUGAUCCGAACAAAGGAAGAGCGAGAACAGAGUCCAGAAUCCAUCCGAAUGGACGGGCUGGGGUUGAAGGUGUUUCCAGCCAUCGGAGGGGGCGAAGGGCCAAACCUUAAACUUUUGUCAUUGCAACGCAACCUCAUCAAAUAUCUUGAGAACACCCCGUCGCACCUGAGCCACCUGGUCGUCCUCGACCUGUAUGACAAUCGCAUCGAAAGAAUCUCACUUGGCCUCUUGGGAUUCACUUCAUUGAGAGUUCUCCUUCUCGGCAAGAACAGGAUCCGUCGCAUUGAGGGUCUUGAAGGCUUGAAACGGUUAGAAAUCCUGGACCUUCAUGGGAAUCAAUUGCGUUAUGUGGAUAAUUUGGGUGUCCUGUCCUCCCUUCGUGUACUCAACCUGGCAGGGAACAUACUCAGAAGUAUCCGCAACCUUGGGCCGAAUGGCAUAAACACACUCACAGAGCUUAACCUCAAACGAAACCGAAUUCGGAACUUGGACGGGCUGGUAAAAGCUCCACACCUUAAAAAACUACUACUAGCCAACAACGAUUUACAAAGUUUCGCAAGCCUGCUUCCCCUGAGGAAAUUAUCCUUGUUGCAAGAACUUCUCCUAGAGUCAAAUCCAUUAAGUUCAACCUCGGACUGCAGGCACCAAGUUCUGUCCAUGCUCCCUUGGCUGACCACGCUGGACCAUGUCGAGAUGACUGAAGCGAUGCGAGUCGAAGCAAGGCAGUGGUAUAAGAGAAAGUUGGUUGAGGAGGAAGACCGACGGAGAGAAGCGUCGUCCAGACUUUGUCCUACGACAACGUCCCCCAAAGUCGGCUCAAGGGAGCAAACCAUCUACCAGGCAAGGAGGCGAUGGGAAUCAGUAAGAAAAAACUUUGUGAAAAACACCAAUUCCAAACCAACAAAUCCUUCAUCUCCAUUCCUGUCCGGGGCAAAUGAAAAAGGAACUUUGGGAAAAAUUGGCACUGGCGACCCGGUCAGGUCUGAAAUUGACGACGACUUAAACUCACACUUUAGAUGGGAAUCCAGAUCAGAAACUUUGUCCAGAGGAAACUCGUCCAAAGAAUCCAAAUCCAUGAUGAAGCAGUUGGUUCUCGAGUACCCGGCUGGUGGUGGUACUGCUGGAGAUGUGAAGCUUAAUUUUGCUCAGUCGGAUUCGGAUUUAGAUCAACAUCAACCCAUAUCGGUCAACUCGGGAGAAGGCGGCCAUGGAGGAAGAAAUAUAAAACGGAUGCCACAGCCAGAAGAGGAUUCUUGUCCACCUUCGGUUCCUUCGAUGAUUAAUGACCUCAGACCACCACCAAAUCCGAUGGAUUAUGUCAAUACCAAUUCCAAUUCUAAUAGCUUAGUUUCCUCGAAACAAGUACAGAAACAGGAGCAAUGGGAAGUAGACCUUCAUGAAUCCCAUACCGACAACUACCACCAACAUUGGUUUCAUGUCGAAAAUCGAGGAGAAAUUGGUGUUGCCAGUCAAACGAGUCAGCAGAAGGAGACCCAGUUAUUAUUAUCAUCACAAGCAGCAGACCACGAUGACGAUGAUCACAGCCCCCAAAUGGAUUCCUCAAUAACAACAAACAUCAUAAAAGAAGAGGAAAGUGCUCAAUCUCCACUUGACGGAUAUCAUCCGCGGAAGAGGAAGAGGACGCUAACGCAAACAUUUGGUGCUGCUGAAGAUGACGAUGAUUCAAGUAGACUCACAAAAAACGUUUCUCAGCAGUUGUGCUCAAAAUCCAUUGCGUCAGAGUCAAGUGUCGCAGCUAUUCCCAAAACCUACAAGGGGAGUGAAAAUGCUGAAAUCAGUAAUAGUAAUAGAAUAGCGGUGGUAAGACCUUUGCUACGAGACGACCUUUGUCCCGUGGACGAGACAAUUAUUACCUCUAACCAAAUAUUCUAUGAUUUUACGACCAUGAACAGUUUACCAGACGUGCUUUCUCCGAGGGCAUACCUUCCCACAAAUAAUACACCAAUGAUGUUUGGUGACUCGAUAAAUUCGGUGCUCAACAACAAAGAAGCGAUUUCUGAAAUUUUUGUGCCCCACCGCACGAUUGAUGAUGUAACAAUUACCUAUGCCAAUAAUGAUAACGACAAUAAUAGUAAAUUAUCAAAUAACGAUGAAGCCGUUUCACCUGAGUCUCCUCUUUCCCCAAGUGUCAAAGAUUUGCAAUAUAAUACUUUUCAGUCAAAUCAACUCACAUUAAUUUCUCCUGCAUCCGAUCAGGAUAAGAUAAUCCGAAGCAAUGAAAGUGAAAUUAUGAUCAGGACUCUGCUAAAGGAGGAUGUCACUCUGGGAAAUAUGUCGAGGAGUGAAAGUUUCCCCACAUGUCUUCCCAACUUCUCAAAUUGUGGUGCAAGAGAGGAAACCACUUGUCCCACUUUCACUUUUGAGACUUUAGACCAACAAAGAAUCAAUGAGGAGAAGGAAACUUGCAUAAUAAAUAACAAUCCGACUGGUACUAGUGCUACACAAGAAUCAACUUUGUCGUCACUUUCAGUAUCUGCAAAUAUUUUGGAGUUCCCUUCUGUCCCUUCUGAUAGCCCCUUGCCCACCAGCAGCCCUUCCACAAAUGCAAAUAUAUCUACGCAAAAUUCAGCCGUAGAUAACUGUAGUGGAAAUGCUCAUAAUGAUAACAAACCAAACCUGAGGAAACUUAAACUUAGGAGUGCUAGUUUUGACGGGAGAUUGCUAUCAUCGAGUCGAGGAGCUGGGUCGGAUGACGACGAACAUUACGACGUUGAUGAUGAUGACACGUGCAGCAAUACCACUGCGACGACGGGAUCUACCACGACGAUUGCGACAACCACUUCUGACAUGAAACUGGGAUUUGCACGGAAACAGCUAAAUCCACGGACCAGGUCUUCUCAAAAACUCAAAGUUUUGCGGGAUAGACCGUCUCGAGCCCAAUCUUCCUCUUGCAUCGCUACGACUCCUCGGGCAAAAAGUGGGACACUGGGCACUUUGUCUUCUUCAAGUCAAACCAUCAGCAGCACGACGGUUGGGAGCAGCAGCGGGGUCAGCCGCGUUGGACAGGGUGGUGACACGCGGGGUAACAGGCAGAUGAGAAGAUGUGAGUCAGCAGUGGGGGGGUCCGGGCUGACGGGAACAUGCCCUUUGGAGAAUAGCGGGGCUAGUAAUCUCUCACCAACUCCCUUGAAAAGGCAAGGGACCGACUACCUCGUAGAGAUUGAUGGGAAAAUCUUGAGUAUUUAUGGGCAAGCCAUGAAACACACGUUGACGGGAUUCUCUGGAAAUGUGACUUGUACCGUCACAACUGCCAAAUUCCACUACAUUUCCUACGAUACCAUCAUUCCGUUCUUUGGCAAGCUAAGACAAAUUUACCCAUCACUGGAACACUUCCAAUUUCGGGCCAACAACAUAGAGAAACUAAGCCAGCUGAAUUCCCUCUCGGAUCUUCAAGGGUUGACGUCGCUGCACAUCGCUAAAGAAGGCAACCCUUUGGUUUCACAGGACACCUCCUGGGUUGGCUAUGCAACCUACCGGCUUUCCCACUGGGGUCUUCUCAACGUCAACGGAGAAAAGGAGGUGUCGUCCGACUACCGGGGAGGGCAAACGGCGUCUUCCAAGUUCGAGUCAUUGGGCUUUCUUGCACUAUCUUGCCUCCCACAAACGGCUUUGACGCCGUUGGCGAAACGGCUUCACAUGCUUCAUUGUUUCUGCUGUUGUUCGCCAUCCUCCUCUUCGGACGAGUCAGGGAAAACAAAAACUGGGAAACCAGGCGGAAAUGGAAGGACGAGUUCUCCACUCCCACCCUUCGACCAGCCACCGCCAUCAUCAUCCAUUUGCACAUCCUGGGAUGACGACCCCGUUCUGCUAGAUGUCAUAGGAAAGGAGGCUUUGGUCUAUUGUCCCCAACAGCAUUCCACAGCACCGAACACCACUAACGGACAGCAAGCAAAUCACCCCCUUGCAAAACAUUCCAAUGAGAAGCCGACCACGUUGCACGACAUUGUUGACGCUGGGGUGGACAUUUUAGAGAAGCUGGACCGCUUGGAGAAAGCCUGGCCCUCACUCAUGACUGAAAUGGUUCAAGAAAUCCUGAUGGACUUUAUGUUCAUGGAGACGUACAUGAAGAGAGAGCUCAAGAAAUGCCAAGACAUCGCCACCAUCGCCUUGAACAAGAGAACGACAUCCUAAUUAAUUAUAAAGUUAAUCGCUGAGUAAAAAAAGAUAACAGCCGAGUAAAUAAAAAAUGUUGCUGAAGAAAA